AUGGCGUCAGUCAAAAACUGCGUUGUCGUCAUUGAUGGAGCCAACGUCGCGUGUCAAAAAGACGGUAAAGCGCACAUUUCGAAGCUCGCAGCUGCGGUUCAAUUCUUUCAGUCACUGGAAUUGAUGAAGGGGCGUUACCCCGUCAAGUGUGUAGCAUUCGUACCCAACUUUUGGCUCCAUGUGAAGCCUUUGCCUGAUACUGCCGGCCUCAGAGAGAAUGAAGCCAUGGAUAAAAAUGACUGGAUGCUGCUUAAUGAGCUUGUACAUAAGGAUUACGUGGUCCUCACGCCGUCGCAAUCCCACGACGACUUUUACGUCAUCGACUAUGCUGUCAAGUACGACGGGUUUAUCGUUACGAACGACAUGUUUCGCGAUCACGUAGCGAAUAAGCGAUCAUUUCAUGGCAAGAAGUUGACGAGCAAGUGGGUACGCUCACACUGCAUCGACUUUACUUUUGUUGGAACGGAGUUCAUGCCGAAUCCACGUGCAAUGGAGCGCGUGUUCUCUUUUCAGCCGUCGGUAAUUGAGCCGACGGCUUCUGCUCCGUCCCUUGCGUCAACAAGCACAACAGCUUUACCGAGUACGAGUUUACAGAAGACACAUUUGAAUGAUGAGAAUGGCCAAGACAGCACUGACGUCGACGUAGAUGAGGAUGAGAUGGUAGUGGAUCAUGCAGGCACGAAACGGAGCAAGAACAUAGAUCUCUCGGAGGUGACGUACUACAAGGUGCCACGCCAGCUGCUGCCAAUGCUGCACGGGCAAAAUGGAGAAACGAUGGAGAAGUUCCAGGAGUACACGGGGACUUACAUUGUUCUACCUUCUCACGCAGUACUGGAAACUUCUCUGGCAAGGUCGACGUCAGACGUACUGACAUUGUCAAUUUAUGGACCGGAAGCAAGUCGGCAGCAGGCUGUGGGUCACUUGGACGCAUUUCUCCUCGAAAUGCAACAAAAGCACUCUUCUCACCAGUGGCAGCAACAUAUGCCAUACCAAGCCUAUCAAUAUCAGACAGUAAGUUAUCCCCAACAUGUAGCAGCCGAGGGGAAUAUGCCACCACAAGACGACCAAACGAUGGAGAUUGAUCCCUACUAG